ACAGCUGUAGGGGAACUGAGAGAGGGGGGUAGAGGAAAGUUAACAAGCACACUUUCUUUCUGUGUUGGUUUGGAUCUACAGCUAGGGAAAAGGAGAAGGAAGAGAUACUGUAGGGGAGGGUAAUAGUUUGCUCUCCCAACUGCACACAUAGACAGUAAAACGACAACAUGGCUGACUCCAGAGGCAGUAAACCCUUCAUGGUGACUUCCUCCAUCAACCUCAAAGUCACCACCCCCUCCUUCUACAACCAGCCAAAGAAGUUUGCCUCGGUCAACCCGCCGCGCCCCAAAAGCCAGUCCGACCCGUGGCCUCCCCCGGGCUCAACUCCUCCCGCAGGUCCCUCUCCUCCCCCCAGCCUGGUCUCAACACGCGGUGUCGGCACAGCUGUCAUUGGUCGAGUUGGAGUGAUGCCUCCACCCCCACCAUCGCUCUGCGAAGACUUCCCGCCCCCUCCUCCUCCGUUGGACGAUGAGCUGCCAGCCCCUCCCCUCAACUGUGCAACCACACCCCCAGCCUCUGAUGCCCCUCCCCCGCCUUCCCUCCCCCUCCCGCGGUGGAUGACCUGCCCCUCCCCCGCCCCGCUUGAGGAGAAUGCCUGUCUCCCCCGUUCCCCAUUCUCCCCUCCUCCACCACCCCCUCCCCCUCUCCCAGUCUCUGGUCCCAGCAGUGUCCCCAGUGCUGGGGAGAACUUUCAGCAUCUGGCAAAGCAGACUAGUUUUGACAAACAGCUGGAUUCUCUGACUGACCUGCUGUCUGAGAUGGAGACCAGAGGACCCUUCAACCCCAAGUUGCCCAGUCAGUACUCAGCUCCUCCUCCUCCUGCCCCCAAGCCUGCAGGUCCUCCCCCCACUGCUCCCAAGCCCAACCUCUCCUUCCUCCCCCCUCCAGAGAUGGGAGACAAGCCCCCUCCCGCUCCCUGGGCCGAGGAGCUCAAACUCCGCACGACACACAGACAAGCCAAUAACCCUAUAUCCGCCCCAGUUCCUGCUCCUGCCCCACAGCCAUUUGCUAAAGCCCCAGUCGUGGCUCCUAAGGCUUUUGGGGGCAUGAAAACGGGGACGUCCGUGUCUCCUGUGGGGCUGAAGAACCAGAACCACGCCCUGGCUCCAUUUGGUGUUGCUCCUAAACCUUCCCCUGCAGCCAGCUCCUUCCCUCCUCCUCCUGCCGCUCCUCCUGCCGCUCCUCCUGCCGCUCCUCCUGCCGCUCCUCCUGCCGCUCCUCCUGCCGCUCCUCCUCCUGCCGCUCCUCCCGCCCCACCAGCCAACAAAGUGGCUCCCCCAGCCUUCAAUCACUCAAAGCCCUCUUCCAUUGACUCUCAGAUGACUGUGAGCCUGCCCCCUCCUGCUCCCGUGCCCCCUCCUCAGCCCAAAGCGAUGACAUCACCACCUUCUUCUUUCAGCCAGCCAAUGAAAUCUCCCCCUUCAUCAAAGCCCUCGCCUCCUGGGCCUGUCUCUGUCCCAGGUGGAGGUGUUCCUCUCUCCAUGAGGGAGGUGGAGGAGCUGGAGAGAAUGACCAAUGCAUUCAUCAAAGACAUGGACACACACGCUCCCGUCAUCACCUCAGCACCUACAGAGGUAUGUGGUAAGUGUGGUGAGGCUCUGUCUCGUUCCCAGCCUGCAGUGAGAGCCAUGAACAAACUCUUCCACUCUGACUGUUUCUGCUGUAUGAGCUGCCAUCGCCCCCUGCAGGGCAUGCAGUUCUACGACAAGGACGGGACGCCACAGUGUGACGACUGCUACACUAGUUCUCUGGCGGUGUGUUCUCGGUGUGGGGAGCGUAUUACAGACCGUGUGUUGAAGGCGGUGGGACAGUGUUUCCAUGCCCAUUGUUUCCGCUGCUGCACCUGCGCCUGCAGCCUGGAGGGGGCGCCCUUCAUCACCGACGACAACAACAACCCAUACUGUGUCCCAGACUACCACAGGCGUUUCUCUCCCCUGUGUGUGAGCUGUGGUGAGCCCAUAUACUACCGCUGUGAGGUAAGGACAACAGACCUGCUACAUCUAAAGUACUACCGCUGUGAGGUAAGGACAACAGACCUGCUACAUCUAAAGUACUACCGCUGUGAGGUAAGGACAACAGACCUGCUACAUCUAAAGUACUACCGCUGUGAGGUAAGGACAACAGACCUGCUACAUCUAAAGUACUACCGCUGUGAGGUAAGGACAACAGACCUGCUACAUCUAAAGUACUACCGCUGUGAGGUAAGGACAACAGACCUGCUACAUCUAAAGUACUACCGCUGUGAGGUAAGGACAACAGACCUGCUACAUCUAAAGUACUACCACUGUGAGGUAAGGACAACAGACCUGCUACAUCUAAAGUACUACCGCUGUGAGGUAAGGACAACAGACCUGCUACAUCUAAAGUACUACCGCUGUGAGGUAAGAACAACAGACCUGCUACAUCUAAAGUGCUACCGCUGUGAGGAUUGUUCCCGCCCCCUCUCCAUAGAGGCGGACGCAGACGGCUGCUACCCAUUGGACGGCAGGAUCCUGUGCAUGAAGUGCCACACCCAGCGGGCCAAGGCUAUGCAGUGAUUGGUGGACACAUCUGUUAUUCAAGUCAAACUUUGAACCAAAUCCAAGACGGGAUCCAUUCAGCUUCCACCAUUCUGUCUUUGCAACAGGGCUUUACUUGUGAGUGAGUGAGUGAGUGAGUGAGUGAGUGAGUGAGUGAGUGAGUGAGUGAGUGAGUGAGUGAGUGAGUGAGUGAGUGAGUGAGUGAGUGAAAGCGAGUAUGUUUGCAUGCAGAUGUCGUUAUGUCUCUCUCCUCUUUCUGCUUAUUCCCCCUCUCAGUCCAGAGGUAAUGUACUGCACUGAGAGACUCCAUUCCUCCUCCCCUUCUCCCCUUGUGUUAAUGCCAGUGUUAUCAAGGCCAUUUUUUGUUUAUGCUUAAAUUCCCAGCAUGACUUGCACAAGCAUAGCUUAGUCAUGGGCUGUCCCAACAGUCAAAUAUGGUUUCCUCUCCUCUUCUCUUUUCACUGAUAGGAAAACAUGUUGAGAAGGUUUCAGCCUUAACUUUGAUUUGUCUUUCACUUUUCAGUGGUACAGAAGGAAAAGAGUGGAAGUAUUUCAGAGUGAGACAUAGUAACAGUAAGAUGAAGUUGACCCUAAAUGCUGAUCUUGGGUCAGUCUUGCAAUCCCCCCCUUACUGAUUAUGGUUAGAUCUUAGAUCUGUGCCUACUGGCAACUUUUCCCAGAAGUUUAGUGUAACUCCCUGACCCCAGUGCAUGAGGAGUUGAACAAAAGUUUAAGGUGGACUAAUUCAUGUUCCCCUGCACCUCCCAUAGGGCUGAGCUCUGGUGGGCUGGUGGCACAUGAAGCACUUUGUAGUGCCUGCAAACAUACAAGUUACUUAACUGCCUUUAGAGAGUGCUUUCUAGAGAACUACAUAUCCCACCAGACACAAUGUAGCAGAGCAGUGUGCUGUAGGAAAUGUAGUUCCUCUUGGGCUAAAAACUGAGUGCAAAAAAAACAACAAAAAUAUGUGAAUGUCGCUCUCGUUUGUUUUUGUUGUGUGCGUUUGUUGCUUUAUAGGCAUGCUUAGCUACAGAUCACUGUCAGUUACUCUCACCAGUUUGUCAAGCACAGAAUGAGGGUACAAUACGAUCAAAAUGACCAUUUAUUUCUUUGUCAAAAGAAUAGAAGAUUUAAGAUAAUGAUUAGAGACACUACCUAGAACAAUUGUCAAAAGUUAGCCCAGCACAGAUUCCAUUCUUAUGAUCUCCUCAUGUUAAAUAGAGUGCUGUAGUUUAAAGAGGACCACAUGGCUUAGAACAGAACCUACGCUACAGGCAGAAGUUGCUCUUAACCGCUAGGAUCAGAUUACCCUACCCCAUCCCUAAUCUUAAUUUAAAGGGGAUGGAGGGAAAACAUCGGAUCCUGCAUCAGUAGUCAGGGGCAACUUCCAGGACCUACAGUAUAAUCCUAUCAUCCUCAAUGAAGCGCUCUUGAACGCAUACUUAUCUAGUGUGCAGGCGAGUUAAGAUAUCUAAUGAUUAACAUGGAGAUAUUACCUCUCAUUAAUUCAAUUCACCUAAAGGUAAACUCAUGGAUUUUUGCACUAUACACCUGCAUUUACAAAUGCUUAGUAUUUUGGGUAUUUGCAGCUCUCUGAAUAACAUAAUAGAACUGGCUCUGAAUCAGGGUUUUAAGUAUUAUAAACAUGCAACAGAUCAAAUGGCCAGUCUGUUUUCCAGUAGAGUGUAGUAGGUCAUUGGCUGUAGCAGUAGCAUGUAGAUCAAACCAAUACAGUUCAAGGUGAUGGUAACACGUCACUCAAACGCAUCACACUUUAAAUUCACUGCCAAGUUUUAAUCAUGUUUUUUUGUGCUUUACACAGUACAUUGUUCCUCUUCCUUUCUCAUAAUACUCCAAUGACUACCACUGUUUCCAUUAUUCAGCUUAGUGUUCUUUUAUGUCUCGAUAUCAGUUAUAUUUACUCUGCUUGUAAUCUUACCAUACUGUAUUUCAUUGAUAAGUACUUAUUUUCAGUGAUUUUUUUUCUGUGAAACUUUGUGAGUUGCCAUUUCCACCCUAGUAUUCCUCUCUCUCCUGUUCAGACUGGUUUGGCACCAAACACCCAUCCUUAUUACAAUCCUCAGUCUGGCAUAGCAACACAACCCUAAAGACCAAACUAACAUCCUAAACCAUAUGGCCAAAUACGACUCCAUAUGCAUGUUAUCUGGGUCGUCGGUAUCAUCUCUAGUAUUCUCAGUUUUUCCAUUUUUAUUUGCACAAAUGAUUCCACCUUUGUGACCAUGCCUUUGUCUUCACUGACAGACCAUUGGUGUGUGAUGAUGCCUUCAAAAACACCACGUUGCUCAUUUAUUUAAUGAUGAUUGCCUUGUUCUUUUCAUAUAGUUUUUAUAAAUACCUCUUAUAUUUGUGUGUUUACGGUUCCAAACAUGCCAACAUUAAUUACCUGUACAUGUCAUUAUUUUUCUUCUUUAAUUUUACUGUACUCAAAAUAAAACUGCUAAUAGCCUAAA